AUUUGGAAUACUAAACUGUGAUCUGUGAAUCUUCAAGAAUUUCAACAUGUUACUUCUGUCUUGUUUUCUUCUACUUUUGGCUCAUUCAGGUGCUGAGGAAAGCGUGGGAUCGAAGAAAUUUCGGGACUUUUUACAAGAAUGGCCCACACCCGGUACAGGACCUUAUUUUGACACAACUAUAAAUUCCAAUAUAACUGGUCUCGUUGGUAAAACCGUUUUACUUCAUUGCAGAGUGAAAAACUUGGGAAACCGAACUGUUUCUUGGGUUCGUCAUAGAGAUAUCCAUCUUUUAACUGUAGGAAGAUAUACAUAUACGUCCGAUCAGCGGUUUGAAGCUGUCCACACUCCUCAUACGGAAGAAUGGACGCUCAGAAUACGCUAUCCACAGAAGAAAGAUUCUGGUAUUUAUGAAUGUCAGAUUAGUACGACGCCACCAAUUGGACAAUUUGUUUUCCUAACUAUUGUAGAACCUAUAACGCAAAUUCUUGGUAGUCCGGAGCUGUUUAUCAACAUGGGCUCAACGAUCAACUUGACGUGCAUCGUACAAUACGCCCCCGAACCACCACCGAACAUUAUCUGGUCUCAGAAUUCUGAGGUGAUCAAUUUCGAUUCGCCCAGGGGAGGUAUCAGUCUGGUCACGGAAAAAGGAUUUAUAACGACAAGUCGUUUGCUGAUCCAAAAAGCAGGACAAGGCGAUUCAGGCCUUUACACAUGCACCCCGUCCAACGCGAAUACUGCCAGUGUCCGUGUUCAUAUUCUAAAUGGUGAGCAUCCAGCAGCAAUGCACCAUGGACAUGGAACAUUGACGAGUUUUUCGCAUGUUACCUUUAUCUUUAGUCUAGUACUAUUACUAAUCGUUCGCCCUCCAACGUAGCAGCUUUUUUAAAAUUCAUAGGUUAUUAUAGAUUUCAAAUAA